CACUGAUUAAGUGAGUAUAUUCGCUUUUACUUUACGACAGGAGAUUAGUAAUUUUUUGCAACAAGGGAAGAUUAUACCUACUGGGUGUUUAAGGUAGCUACUGGCAUAAUGGUUCAAAGCGGAUAUGACAAAUUUUAUCACGAUGGAGGAAAAUUACUGGCUCAUCCUUCACCAGGAGAAGAAGUCGUCAUAUCAGGUAUCGCCGGGGUGUUUCCAAAUUCGAGGAACAUCUAUGAAAUGAAGGAAAAUCUGUUCAACAAGGUAGACAUGGUGUCGCUAAAUAAAAAAUGGGAUUGUGACCAUUUUGAGUUACCUUCUCGCCUAGGAGCCGUUUUGGAGUUUGACAAAUACGACGGUGGAUUUUUCGGUGUCCAUGAAAGGCAGUCCCAUUCUAUGGACCUUAUGGCUCGAAUUUUCCAAGAGAAAGCGAUGGAAGCCAUUUUCGACGCCGGUUUGCACCCCUCAGAGCUAGAGGGAACCAGAACCGGAGUAUACGUUGCCGUUUCAUCUAGUGAGCACGACAGGGCGUGGUACUUCGACAACUUGAGUCCACAAACUUUCGCAGUGAGCGGGUGCGAAAGAUCAAUGAUAGCCCACCGCCUCAGUUAUUUCUUGAAGGUGAAAGGUCCCUCCGUGGUUUUGGAUACGGCAUGCAGCAGUUCGUGUUACGCCGUGGAACAUGCUUACAAGGCCAUUAGACUGGGAGAGGUUGACAGUGCCGUCGUAGGUGGGACGCACUUGUGUUUGAACCCGUUGUAUGCAAAAAGUUUUUCUCAGUUAGGUACUUUAAGUAAAGAUGGCGCUUGCAAGACUUUUGACGUUAGAGCUGAUGGUUACGUUAGAUCCGAGGCGAUAGCUGUCCUCGUUUUACAGAAAGCGAAGGAUUCGAAGAGGAUAUACGUCCGAGUAGUCCACGCCCACACGAACAGCGAUGGGUUUAAGGAGCAGAGCAUCGCUUUCCCGUCUAAAUAUUCCCAAAUGAAACUGAUAAAUGACUUGUAUGAGCAGUGUGGUGUGGACAGGUUUAGUCUGAGCUUCAUGGAGGCCCAUGGAACAGGAACACCUACGGGAGAUCCACAAGAAUGCGCUGCUUUCGACAACGUCCUUACCAACGGUCGAAAGAAACCUCUCUUAAUUGGAUCUAUUAAAUCCAACAUUGGACACACGGAACCAGUUUCAGGUCUUUGUUCCAUUAUAAAGUGCAUUCUGGCAAUGGAAGUCGGAUCCAUCCCACCGAACAUACAUUUCAAAACACCCAACGAUGAAAUCGCGGGGCUAGUAGAGGNAUGCGUGAAAUUUACUUAG